CACACACUCACACACUCAAAGCUGCACCGACAGCAGCCGGCAAAGUCUCAUUGAGCACUUGCAUCUCGGCGGCUGCAGCUGCCUUCAGCAGUUCAUCUUUGGGUUGGACGCAAAGGACGGAUAAUGGAUGAUUUUUAUUUUUUUUAUUGAUUUUUUUCUUUCUUGAGGGAACAGCCAGUCAUUAGCGAAAGCUGAAGAGGGAGCAAAACAAGACCUCGGAAUCCUCUUUGGCAGAUGAUGUGGACAUGAAGGCUCUGCUCUGAAAUCUCAUCGUUGAACUUUGGAACCAGGCCACGGUUGAAAAUGGCUCUGAAGAGGAAAAUCCCGGACUAAUGGGGGCCACUGGCAGGUCGCGCAUUAAUUCUCACUCUCGAUUUGACUUCCUGGCUGCGCUGUGGCUUCUCUCCACCAUGGUCACCGUUGUUCGGUCCUGCCCACAAAGAUGCCACUGCGCCGAAAGGAACGGCGCCGUGGUGCAGUGCACGUCUCGGAACUUGGAGAACAUUCCCUCAAACCUGCCCGAGGACACGGCGGUUCUCCUGCUCUCCUCCAACCGGAUCACCCACAUCCCCAAGGAGGCCUUCGCCGACCUCCGCCGACUCAGGGAGCUCGACCUUUCCCACAACCUCAUCGAAAGUUUAGAGGUGGGCGCUUUCCGAGGACUUUCCGAAGGCUUGAGGACCUUGGACCUUUCCAACAACCACCUCCAAAGCCUGCCAAAAGAAACCUUCGACAAACUCCAGGCUCGAGUGCGCUUGUCCAACAACCCCUGGAACUGCGAGUGCUCUUUGCAAGAAGUGCUGAGGGAGGUGCGACUGGACCCCGAGACGAUCAACGAGGUGAGCUGCUAUACGUCCGCCCGGGACGAAUACGUCGGGCAGCCGGUCGUGCAGGUCCUGGACUCGGGAAUCAACUUCUGCACCUUCCAUCAGAAGACGACAGAUGUGGCCAUGUUUGUGGCCAUGUUCUCCUGGUUCUCCAUGGUGACCGCUUACAUCAUCUACUACAUCCGAUACAACCAGGAGGAGGCGAGAAGGCACAUGGAGUAUCUCAAGUCCCUGCCGAGCAGCUCCCGUAUCAAUAAAGACGACGACACAGCCAGCAGUGUGUUUUAGAAAUGAGCGAGCACUCGUGCGUGAAGAAGAAAGUCAAGCGGGGAAAAUGUUUGC